AUGUCACCUAUAUCAUCUCAUAGCCGUGCUAGGAAAGGAUCUGCAUCUAGAAGCACUGACGGCAAUUCCAGUCAUCAAUCUCACGGCCGUAACGCCAGCCGCACCCGAGCUCGAAGCUCUGUCGUAAGAAGAGAAGAACCUCGAUAUGCCUCAACAGAACUUGGCUCAAGCCCUCACCCACAAUCCCCAGUCUCAGAUCAUCAGUCACAGGAAGAAGGAUCUUUUGUGAGCAAUAGAGCUAGCUUCGGUGGCUCCAUUCAUGAUUCUAGCUUUACAUCAGAAAAUGAGUCGGAUGAAUUGGAGACUCAGAGCCACGAAAACUCUUCUCAAUACUCCUAUUCUCAUUUGGGUUACUUCUCCCAUGACUACAUGAUGAUAUCACACUACGACAGCCAGCUCGCCAUCGAGGAAGACCCCAACGAAGAGUACUAUUCCUAUCAACCAGUUGCUCAUAAUGUAACCAGGGGAUUAGCCACAGAGAAUAGCGUACAAGCACCUAACAUCGAAUACCAUUCAGCGCAAGCUUAUUCUCCGGCUACAGAAAUGUGGACUUUGCAGGAAUCUCGAGAUGAAAGGAUACGUCUUGGCCUACCAGGGCGCCAACAAGCCCCUUCAGCCUUCUUUGAAUGCGAUCAGGAAAAUGUGCUCGAGGCAGAUAAUCCCAAUUAA